UUUAUGUUAUUAUUUUCUUUUUGUUUAGCAGUGAUAGUAGCAGCACCACUGGACUAAUAAAUAUUCGGAGUAAAUUAACGUUUUCAUGGCGUAAAGACAUGAGUAACCACAACCAUAAUAAUCAUUACAGCAAUCAUUCAAAAAAUAAAUCAGAGGAAAAAAGAAGGAAGAGACGAAGCAAUUCAAAAAAUGGAGCACCACCUGGAAACUUUGACUGGACUAGUAUAUCGCAAACAGCUUAUGAAGACGAUGCAUUGAUUAAUAAGAAACUACCUAAGGAGUUGUUAUUACGAAUCUUCUCCUACUUAGAUGUUGUGUCAUUAUGUCGAUGCGCCCAAGUUUCAAAGUAUUGGAAUAUGCUAGCAUUAGAUGGAAGUAAUUGGCAGAAAAUUGAUCUUUUUGAUUUCCAAACAGAUAUAGAGGGACGAGUGGUGGAGUACAUGUCCCAGAGAUGUGGUGGCUUCUUGAAAUCAUUGAGUUUAAAGGGCUGCCAUAAUGUCACAGAUGGGGCUUUACAAAAUUUUGCACAGCAGUGUCGACAUAUUGAAACCUUAAUAUUGAACAAAUGUAAAAGUAUCACAGAUUUAACUUGUGAAAGUUUAGGUAAAUACAGUUCAAAGUUACGUAAGUUAGACCUCACCUCCUGCCCAGAUAUUACAGAUGCUUCACUCAAGUAUUUGAGUAAUGCUAAUUCCAGUAACAGUGGUCGUGGCUGCCCAUUGCUGACCUAUCUAGACAUUUCUUGGUGCCAGAAUAUAACCAAUGAAGGUGUGAUAGCGCUGGCUGAAGGCUGUCCAAAAAUUAACACCUUUUUAUGUCGAGGCUGCACACAGAUUGGCAAUGAGGGUAUUGAAAGACUGGCCACAUGUUCUGAAAAUUUGAUGAAGUUGAAUAUUCAACAAGUUAAUAAUAUCACAGACGAGGCCAUCACAAAAAUUGGUAAUGAGUGUCCUGGGCUCACUCUCCUGUGUGCAUCAAUGUGCACCCGCCUUACUGAUGCUAGUCUUGUGGCGCUGGGGAAAGGAUGUUUGGAGCUCAGAACUUUAGAGGUCUCUGGCUGUAACAAUCUGACAGACAGUGGAUUUCAGGAGCUAACGAGGAAUUGCCAUAAGCUGGAAAAAAUGGAUCUUGAAGAUUGUAUUCAGAUAACAGAUGCCACACUGGGUCAUAUAGCUAGCCACUGCCACCAACUUAAUGCCUUGUCUUUAUCCCACUGUGAACUGAUUACGGACGAGGGGAUUCGUCAGAUUGGCUCUAGCCCCUGCGCCACGGAGAAUCUCCGCAUCCUUGAGCUGGAUAACUGUCCUCUCAUCACGGAUGCGGCUCUGGAACAUUUGCAGGGGUGUCAGUCCCUGCAGCGUAUUGAGAUUUAUGACUGUCAGUUGAUUACGAGGGCUGGUAUACGUCGGCUACGGAACCACUUGCCUGAUAUUUUGGUACACGCCUACUUUGCACCUGUAACUCCCCCUCCCUCAGUUGGAGGGGGCAGGCAGCGCUACUGCAAAUGUUGUAUUAUUCUUUGACCAAUAACAUUUCAUGUCACCUGUGUUCAGGAAGGCUAAAACAUUUUGUUGCCAUGGGAACAGUUUAGGGUAGGUUCAUCCACUUACCAAAACACUACAGAGGUUAUAACUACUUUUUCAUCUGGACAUUAACAUCACACGAAUCAAAGGCUUGUUAGUCUGGCUUUAUACAUUCAGGAAUUUUUAUUUAACUGCUCUUAUUGUCAGCUUUGAGAGGCUUUAACUGUGUUGGGCAUUAUUUCAUAAUAACAAAAAUCUCAACUAAUAGUUAUAAAUUUUUUUUUUCUAGCUGAUAGUGAUCUUCAGAAUUAAGUAAACAUCAAAAUUAACUGAAAAAUGUUUCUAUUUGUUUGAGUAAAAUAGCUGGUAGUUGUUUUUCUUUGUAAUCUAAAAGAUUUUUUUUAUAGAUUAGUACAUAAAAAUUGUUGAUCUCCAGAAAUCUUUAAUACUUUCCUGACUAUUUCCUAAUGUAUUUAUUUUAUUUUAAAACUGUAUUGUACAUUCAACAUUUUAAAAAGUUUCAUAACUAAAAUCUUGGUGUAUACUUAAUUUAUAAAAAAUAUUUAAGAAAAUUUAUUUUUGUUAAAAAAAUAACUGGGUGAGAUUACUAGUGGAAUAAUAAAAAAAAAUGCAACUGGUUAAUGAGCAUCAAUAAAUUUCACCAACAAAUGUAUUGAUUGUUAAUGUCAACAUAUCAGGUUACACAACAAAUCACUAGUAUUCCCUGUUCAACUUUUCACUAGCGAGGUGUUACAAGUUUUUCUCAUUGCCGACAUUUUGACAUUUCUUUUUGAGCAUAUUCAACAGAUCUUUUUCUCACAAUUUAACAAAAUGUAUUAUUUUAAUCUGUUUAUGCCUGGAAGCCAUUUUUGUCACAAAUUGGUUAGAAGAUACUUUAAGAUAACAAUCAUUUCACAAUCUAAAAAGUAUUUGGUUUAUUAACUAAUAUUAUGUUUAUGAAUGUUGAUGGAAAGGAAGUUAAACUGGUGUAUGAAGUGAUCUAAAGAAUGUUGAAAAAUAUCAUGGCUAAUUUGUUUUUAUUUAAGUGCUUUUGUUAUAAUACUCUAUGGACUACACAAAUCUUGUAGAGUUUGGCCAGUUUUAAACUUUCUAAAACUUGAAAGUAUACAAAAUUGUUGUAAUUUGCUGUGUUCAUGCAUAGGUGAUAUUUAUCUCUCCUUUAUUGAAUUCUGCUAGAGGGUUGUUUCUUUUUGUUCACAAAUUUUCCCUUGAUAUAUAUUAAAGCAUUUAAUAUUUGUUAAAAUAAUUUGAAUAAAAAUGUUAACAAAAAAAGUUCACUGGUUACAUUUAUGAAAAUAUAAACCUAAAAAAGUUUACUUUGGAACAGGUAAAUAAAAACAACUUGUUUAUGCUAGUACAAAGUAAAUGAUACAUUCUUCUAUGCUGAACACAUUGUCAGUAGACUCUUGAGAUUAUCAGCACUUAUUAACUAGAGUGAUGUCUCUUGUUUUUAAUUUUUGACCAAGUGUGAUCUUAUUUAAAAUUUGUGUGAAACUUGUAAAAAAAAACAACAUUUGUUAAAAAUAUUGUUGUUUGCUAUUUGUAAUUUUGUUUAUAAGCUUUUUGUACAGUUUGUAUAAUGUAAAUGAAAUGAUAGCACUGUACAGAUGUUUAUUUUUUUAUAUAUUUUUUAUUAGUCUAAGAAAUUUCUUCCUGAAUGCUGUGUGUUAGCAACGAGAAGUUUUUUGAACCCUAGAAGACUAGAUGUUAACUUGAUCAUUUAGGAUUUGAGCGAAGCAUGCUGAGAAGUUUAGAAGUUUUGGUCGUGUGUUUUAGUAUCAGUAGCCUGAGAGCGCCUGGCCACACGGUGGCCUAAUUAAAAUGUAUACAUGAUACUCUACAAUGCUUUUCUUUUUGCUGUUUGAAAAUAAUCUGUACAUUCAUUCUUUAUUAUUGUUAUUCUCAACUCUACAUGCUUUGAAAAAAAAAAUGCUAUUGAUUUGAUUCAAGGUAGUAUGAUUGUUUGGAUUUUACUAGGGAAGAUUGCUCUUAUUAAUUCAAAUAUGUUAAAUCUCAGCAAUUUGAAUGUUGUGUUUUUUUAUUCCUAAUAAAUAUUAACCACUUUAUUUAUUAAUAGCUUGAACUAGCAGUGAUUAAAUAAAAUAUUGUUACAUUUAACUAUUAGAUAAAGUUUGAUUUAAAUAAUUUCCCUGUUAAUAUCUCUUACACUUCAGUUUAGCAUAAUUUCAAAAUAGUAGUUGAUUUAGAAAUACAUUGUAUUUUACACAUAUAAAAAUAUUGACCACUUCUUUUUUAGUAAACAUCUUUUUUGGUAGUAACAGGCACUAUAUUUGGAAGUUGAUGAGGUUAGGUUUUAAAGCAUCUCCAGAUAAAUAUUUUUUGUAUAUUAGUUUUUCUUUAAAGAUUGUUUUCACUUACUAGUUGAUGUAGUGGCAGCUACAAGCUUGAGACAUCCAAGACAUGAGAAACUUUUUAAUCUACCAACGCUAUUUGAUGUGCUGAUAUAGAAAUUAAUUCUUGAAUCUUGAAAGAUUAGUUUAAAAAAAUCAACUCAAAUUUGUCUGAUAAAACUCAAGUUAAGUGUUGGCAAGUAUCAGUGUUACAGCGUUACCAGUGUAACAACAAACACAUUUACCAAUGACAGUUACCAUUGUUGGUAACAGAUUUACCUUGAUGGUAGCACUGAGACACCAGUGGUGGUAGCAGUUACCCAGGUGAUGCAAAGAUUUACCACCAGUAUGUAAAAAAAGGUAGUCAGGAAUGACAAGUUACAAUUUGCUAUUGUAAUGAUUUUAAUUAAUUUUGUUUUAAGAAAAAGAAACAAAACUAAAAAAAAAUGUUUUGCAUAUGUAAUUUUUUUAGAGCAUUACAUUGCAUUUUUAUUGUCUUUCAAAAUGAAUACAACUAUUUUAUUUAUUAAUUUUGUAUAAAAAAAAUUACAUGAAAACAAAAGAUCUGUUUGAAAACUUUUUCAACACUCUUAUCUCUAGAGGAUUUCACUGCCUUUAACUAUAACUGCUAGAACUCUUACCUAGUACAGCAAACAUGUUAUGUUAAGUGAGUAAGAUGUUUAACCAUUACUCUUUGAAUGAUGUAUUGUGUGAUGUUUUCUUGAUGUUUCAUUUUUUUCAAAGGAGUGUGAAGAGAAUGCAAGUGUUUAAAAAUCAUCUUACUAAAGAAAUUUUUUUGAUAAAGUUAAAAAAAUACAGAAUUAAAGUUAUAUAAAUAACUGUUGGAACUUAAUAGUAACCGAAGGCUUUUAAUAAUCUUUCACUUUAUGGAAGCAACUUAGAGAAGAAUUUUUUUAAGAAUCAAGCAUAAUCAAUUAAAAAAAAUAUUGUAAAGAAUAAGUGCCCUUUUUUAUUUUGAGAAAAGAGUUACCUGCUCUUUGUUUAUUUGUUGAGAACCAAACACUUAUUGGGUACUGACCAUAUUGACCAGUGUUAAUUUUUAAAAAUUACAUGUUGUUUGGAAAUGCACCUUAAUGUACAGGAGAAUUAAGAAGUAUAGCAUGGCUGAUCACUACUUUAAGCAAACAAUUGUCCCAUUUCGCAAUCAGUUGUGAGUUCAGAUAGUGCAGCCAAAAAUCAGGGAAUAAAUAAUUCUUCUUCGUGAAUUGUAUCUGCGUACGUCAGAUGAUGUUGAACAGUUGAACAGAACACUAUAUUAUCAGAUCUCAUCUUUUCGACUGGUUUUAAUUUUAUUUCAAAAGCAACAUUUUUUUUUUACUUGCAAGAAUACCAAUAUUUUUUAAAGUUAAUUUUUGAACAAAUUUAAGGAUGAUAUUUUAAUGAAACGAAAUAUGUACUUAAAGAUUCUUUUUGUUUUAAAUAUUAAAAAAAUAUAUUUAAAAAAAAUUCUUUAAAAAAAGAUAAGGUUCAAUCACUUAAUCAAAAAAGUACUAAUUACAGAAGAAUGCUCAUUUAUGUCCACACUGAGUUAAAAAACGCAAUACAAUCCCAUACUAUGUGAGAGUUUUUUUUUUUAGUGAAGUUUAAUUUGUGUGGUAUUAAACUUUAAGCCAAUGUCUAAAUAUAAUGUGGUGGGUGAGCAUGACUGUCAGUAAUUUGUCAGUGUAAAUGGGGUUCAUGUGGCAUCCAGAUAUCUUUACUAAAGUUAAAUGUGAUGUCAUAACCAGUUAUGAUGUGUUGAAUCUAGUUGUAAAUUGAGGUAUGUGAACCAUGUCAUAGGCAGAUUUUUGUUAUGUGUGUGAGGAGGG